AUGGCAGAAAGUUCAAAUUCACCUUACUUUACUGCCAACGAUUAUUACUCAGAUUAUGAUGCUAACGGAUACAGACCAAAUUGGGGUUAUUAUAUUCCUCAUUCCACUGAAGCCUAUAAUGAUGGAUAUUAUAAUAAUUUUACUGAUUAUGGGAAAGAUGUUCAUGAUACAACUUUGAAAAUACCGAAAGGAUUCGAUGAAAGUAAUAUAGAUCCCACAUUCUUCAAAAAUCCUUCUAUGGUAAAUCCAAGUGCAACCUUUCAAUUGGACUAUUUUAAAAAAAAGAAAGUAAUUGAUAAAGAUGAAAUUUAUCGAUGUACGGAAACAAGGAUGUCAGGUCGUUCAAUCAAAUCACCAUCUUCAACAUAUGGUAAUGAUGAUAAUUAUUCAGAAUCAUCUCAAUCACCUAAUUCAUCAUCAUUAAAUCAAGAACGAACUUCCGAGGAUAAAGUUACAACACAAGGUUAUAAUGUACCUUCAGUAAAUCGACAAUCUAGAACUUCUACUCCGAUCCAAUAUUCUCGAUUUCAAUUAAUGGAUCCCCCAUAUCGUCGUCAAUAUUCAUUAAGGAGUUCAACUUAUAAUUCUACUUAUUCACCAAAUGAUUCAUCCCCUUAUCAUAAUCCAUAUUCACCUGGAACUCCUCCACCUUUGAGUAGAACACCACAAAGAGAUAUCCUUUCUCCAAAAUCAUUGAUGGCAAGCUUUCGAGCAAGUACAUCGAUAGAUAGUCCAAAGAAACAUGCAUGCAAUUAUUGCAAUAUGCGAUUUUCUAGACCUAGCACAUUACAAACUCAUAUUUAUACUCAUACCGGUGAAAAACCUUUUAGAUGUAAUGAAGAUGGUUGUGGGCGAUGUUUUUCUGUAGUGAGCAACCUUCGUCGUCAUCAAAAGAUUCAUGUGAAUAAGAAAGGUCAAAAUGAAUGA